AUGAGCGAAGAAGUCGAUGAACAUGGCCAUGUUAAGGGUUUACCGACUGCAACAUUUGCACUGGUAGCAGGAAUUUGUAGCUCACUAUUUGGUUUAUUUGCAGCCUUAACAAACGGCCUUCUUCUAUUUACAGUAUUCAAAGAUCCGUACAAUUAUUUUCGAGCGCGCGCGACCACGUACUUUAUCAUUAGUCUUUCUUUAAGCGAUCUUCUGGGAGGCUGUCUUGUGCAGCCAAUGUACGCUGCGUCUAUGUUUACCAUCUCUACCGGAGGCCAAGCGCAGAAACUUUAUGAAAUCGCUCUUAUUUUCAGCCAUGUAACCACAAAGAUAUCAAUUUUUACAGUAGUUGCGCUAUCGCUGGAUAGAUUUUUAGCUGUCAAGCUUUCAGUGAGGUAUAAAAGACUUAUAACAGUGCGAAAAGUAGUUGUUUGUAACGCUUUAAUCUGGAUUUUCUGCAUUACCUUUGAAACUUCUCAUUCUUUGGACGAAAACAAGAAAGUAUUCCACGUAAUUGAUCUUCAUCUUCAAACGACUACUCCACUGACUAUCAUGUGUGCCCUAUACAUCGCGACUUACAUGGAAUUUCGCCAUUAUUCAAGAAACGUUGUUUUUGUGCGAGCAAACACGGGCGGACGGUCACGCAUUUUUCUUCGAAAUAUUGGGUUGGAGAAAAAGAUUGUUUUUACUGUUGUUUUAAUUAUCAUUGUGCUCUUCAUAUCUCUAUUGCCGUAUUUAAUCGUGACAAAUUUACAAGAACGCUGCCAUGAAGAGCUUAGCGGUGAAUGCAGCGAGCCAGGGUUUUUGCUUACUAAAGCCCUCUCCGUACCUCUGUUGUGUGUUAGCUGUGCGUUGAACCCGUUUCUCUACGCUUGGAGAAUACCACAGUACAGGCAAGUUUUACGUUUAAUUGGGGGAUGGAUUUGUCAGAGAUUUCGCCGUAGGAGCCACACUGUUAACACAUUAGCGUUAAAUAUUCCGUCGGUACUAGCAUCUGCCAGUUUAGUCGAACAAAAAAUCCCAGCUGUUGGCCAUCUCGAGGAAAGACGAUCAGAAGAGAUUAUAAAAAGCGAUUGUGACUUGAGAAAUUAA